AUACUUCAACACAGCUGCGGCAUAAGAGGCCGUAUUUAUAUUCACAUUGCUCAGAUUUUUUUUGUUUUUUCAUUUAAAUUUGUUUUAUACAUUUACAUUAAAGCUUGGAACUUGGAAUAGAACCGUGUGCCAAGAGAUAAUCAAUUAAAACAUUCAACCCUUAGCUAAACAAUAAAUGGCAGACGCCGAGUCUCGCGAUGGAGCCUACAACUACAAGACAUUGCUUUGCACCAAUAUACCAGAGCUGUUUCUGGAUAAGUUUGUGGCACGUACACAUUUCGGACGGUUCGGUAACCUAGUGAAUUUCGUGCUCCGUCCACGACGGAUGACCUGUACCGUGAGCUAUGCCACCGAAGAGGAAGCGGAGCUGGCCCUACACGAGGGCAACAUUUACAAUGGCCAUGAGUUCCAGAUAAGCUAUGCCGAAAUGGAGACUGCACCUGCCCAAAAGACGGAACAAUGGGUAGAUCCCGAUGUGCAGGCUGAGCUGAGUGCUUUGAGUUCGGGCUGGAAAAGUGUAGAAUAUUCAUCUCAUGGAAAAUCGGUAAUGAAACCCCCAUCAUCCGGAGCGGCAGCAAUAUAUAAACCCCCAGCAGCUGCUCCGACCGAAAGACGGGAACGUGCCCCAUCUCAAUUUAAGGCAGCCAAACAGGAGUUGGAAUCGCUUAUGCGAAAACCCGCCUAUACGAGUGAGGAAAAGUAUCGGGUGCUCGAUGCCCGGGACAAAUGGAUGCGCCUCAAUCAGCAACAGCAGCAGGAUAAUAAUCAAUUGCUGCCGACCGCUGGUCAGGCCACGCAGGGCUACUGUCCGGAUAUGUGUCCCGAGAAGGAGCGGGUAUUACGUGAAUUUCAGCGUCAGGUUGCUGUCUAUGAGCUGCAAGAGAAUUCUGAUGAUUUAAUCUGUCAUAAAUUAGCCAUCAAGCAAUAUUCCAGGAGCAGUGCCGAUCAGGAGACACCACUGCCGCACGAAUUAAGGGCCGAACCCGCUCUCCAUAUGACCAUGUGCUAUCUAAUGCAUGAGAUUAUGGAUUUAUGUGAGCAUGGACAGACGCCAAUUGGUGAUUGGUUUCAUUUCGUUUGGGAUCGCACACGUUCCAUACGCAAAGAGAUCACCCAGCAGGAGCUGUGCUCCCUCAGUGCUGUCAAAUUGGUAGAGCAAUGUGCCCGCUUUCAUAUACACUGUGCUGCUCGACUUGUGGCCGAGGAUCCGAGUGUCUUCGAUAGCAAAAUCAACGCCGAGAAUCUAACCAAAUGCUUGCAGACACUUAAAUACAUGUAUCAUGAUCUGCGCCUCAAGGGUAUCCAGUGUCCACGUGAGGCAGAGUUCCGUGGCUACAUUGUCCUGCUCAAUUUAGCCGAUGCGAAUUUCCUCUGGGACAUUGGACAGUUGCCGGUGGAAUUGCAAAAUUGUGCCGAAGUCCGGCAGGCCAUAAAAUUCUAUUUAGCCCUUCAGGACACCAAUAUUGUGAGAUUCUUUCAGUUACUCCGCGAACGGGAGACCAGCUAUUUGAGUGCCUGCAUCUUGGUGACAUAUUUCACACGGUUACGUGUCCUGGGACUGCAUCGAUUGAGUCAGGCCUAUCGGGCACCGCGCAAACACGAGAUUAGCUCUCUACCCUUGGCCUAUAUUAGCAAACUUCUGGGUUUUCCGCCUAAACAGGAGGAUGAAGCCGCCUAUUUUCUUCAACAUUAUGGCUUGGAGAUCACCGGAUCGUCUCGUGUGAUUCUCACUCGCAUCGACACUCCAGAAGCUGACUACAAACUCAAGCGGCAAUUGGAGUUGGUGGAAUCAAAAAGGCAGGAAAGCGUUGGCGAAUGCAUUUGUGGUGAAACAUUGCCGCCAGCAACUCUUUACAGAAACCAUCGGCCCCAUAAUAGUUUCAAUGAGCAAGGAUAUCUUAAGACCAGUGCCUGGAUGGCCAAAGAUCAACUGCCGAAUGCCCAUCAAGAUGAAGUGGUGGCGUCCAAUCAAAAUGAUGAGAAGAAUCUCUUCAAGGUGCCCAUGAAUUCGAUAAAGAUGAAGCUACCGGCGCCCACAGAAGUCGGAACAAGUAGAGAAGGAGAAGCAAAAGGUUUUAAGCCAAGUGGAGGCUUUGGUGGCUUUAGUUUUACUCAAACCUUGGAAAAGGUGGCAGCAUCAAAAGCUCCGGCUCCAGCUCCAGCAAAUACCACAGGUUUUAGCUUUACCCAAGCAGCCAAAGAGAAACCUAUGUUUAAUUUUAUGGCACCACCAUCAUCAUCAUCUACACUUGUGGAGCAGCAGCAGAAGCAGCAGCAGCAAACUCAACAGGCCCAAGAAGAAGCCAAAUUGGCUGCACUACAGCAGGCUAUAGCAGCAGCCAAGCAGCGUCAGAUGGAACUUUUGGCCAAGCGUCAAGAGGAAAAUGCAAUCCAAAAGCAAAAACAAGCCCAGGAAAAAGCUGAGGCUGAAGCCGAAGCCAAGGCUAAACGGGAGCAGCAACAGUUGCUCCAACAGCAGCAGCAGCAGCUCCAGCGGCAACGUCAAGAAGCCGAAGCUGAGGCGGAAAGACAAAGAAUUCAACGCAUAGCUCGGGCCGAGGAACAGCGUCAAAUCGAAAACGAAAGACAACUCACUAAGCAAACGGAAACGCUGUAUCAGCAACUGAUCGAAGAGCAAUUAAACAAGAUCUGCCUCAGGCAAUUGAGACUCCAUCAAGGGACAAUUGAAUGCUACCACAAUCUCUUAGACAAUCUUAGCCAGACAUUGGUCAAGCAAUGCCAUCAGCAGCAUCAUUACGAAUUGGGCCUAAUGCGUCGCUAUUGGAAACGAUGGCGUAGCUAUCGUCGCUACCAACGGCAAAAGGAUUCUCUAAUUCAAAGUUUACCCUUGCACUUUGAAGCUAGUCCCAGUGAUGAUCUGGUGAAUGCGGAAUCAGCCGAGGAGCCACUACGUCUGAUGCGGCGCUAUCGUCAGGGUGAACCAUGCAACUAUCGCCAAUUACUAGCCGGUUUGGAUGAGCAAUGUUGGCUGAAACUAGACCUAUGGCAACUAUUGAGCAAAGCAAUGCCACAGUUUAGGCCAGGAGCACGUAGAUUCUACAAGUUGGUGAUAUCCCUGCCCGCUGGAUUAAUUGGUGAUCAGUUGGAAUAUCAACUAGAUCGCGGUCUCCUUCAGCAUCCCCUGGCAGAUGGUGGAGAUACAAAGGCCGAUGGGCGUUUUUAUAUACUGGGCUUGGCCCAAGGUAUAGCCUUAAGCGUUGUCAAGCUGCGUGGUCAACAGGACCAACGGACGAAUCGUUUAGUUCCAAACGCCAAUGGCCUGGUGUGUCUGGGUCAUGCUGAGCAUUUGAGCGAGGCCAAACAAAGAUUUCAUUCACUCGAAGAAGUUAGCGGCUGUCCUUAUAUGGUCAUAAUUAUGCAGCAAACAACGUCCUAUCAACAGCAGAAGGAUUUAAUCAAGCAAUUGUAUUUGAGCGACCUCAAGAGAUUAAAGGAGUGGCGGCUUUUCUGUCAGCGACCCGGACGCUCCCUCAUGCAGACCGUUCAGUCGGGCAUCACAUUUCUGGCCUCUCAACCAUUCCCCAGCUGUGGCAGUCUCUUGCAGCAGGUGGAAUCACGUGAAUUCAUUGUCAAUCAUUUGGGUCUGGAGCUCUUUCAACGGCUACGUCAGGACUGCUUCCUACGGCAAUUGUAUCAAAAGUCUCCGCAAUUCUGUCAACAGGUCUACAAUGAGGCAGUGCGGCGACUUCAAUUGGUGGCCGGCGAGGACUUGUCCAUGAUGCCACAAUUGCCGCCAGAACUGGUCAUCUAUGUCGAGCCGAUAACCACCUCAAACACCAACCGCUUGGAGCACUUUUCACCCAACUGGCAAUCAAUCGAGCCACGACAAAAAUUAGUUCAAAUUUUAGAAGAUAUUAAAUUACCAACUUUAAGUGAUUCACCGGAUCCCAGUCAGCUUUGUACAUGGCUAUUGGACUAUGCCCAACUGAGUCAGGACGAGGAUAAUGCAGAUACGAUUGCCAUGCAAUCUAUGCAAAUGCUUGUCAAUGGAGCCGCAUAUCUAGAUGUCAUAGAACUCUGGGCCACAGAGAGAUUAAAAUACGUUUUGGGACAUCAUGAGCGGAAGAAAGACCUCAUCCUACCACGUUGUCUGGUCUAUAAAGUUUCUACUCUAAAGACACAUUUCCAAAAUCCUUGGUUCUUUGAAUUCCAACAAUCGAAUAGUCACAAUUUCAAAAUCAAUCUGAAUAACAUAAUGCCAGCAGCCAAUUUGCCAUUGAGUCCAUCGCCAACAAUACGAACAGCUGCCACUAGCCCAUCUCCUUCGCUGAAUGAGCUGGAUUUCCAUGAUAUUGUCGGCAAGGCGAUCGCCGUUCUAGAGAGAAGCCAUCUCCGACAGGAGCGUCAAACUCUAAGGGAUCUGAAUGGGCCACAAUCCAGAGAGAAGGCGCGGGAAUGGGAUGAUCCAGACCCAAAGCGACAACGUUUAACCAACAAGCGGAAUUAUGAGAACAUGUAGUAAUUAGAAUGUUUUUAAUUUAAAUUUAAACAAAUGACUUUUUUUAAUAUUUCAUAAUUAAUCAUGUUUUGCUUUUCAAUCAUUUUAUCUCAUUUAAGUGAAAUCAAUUGUAAUUAAUAGAAUAUAAAAUUCAUUAAAAACAAAUUAAGAAAGAAAAUAUUAAGUAAA